CCUAUUUAUACAGUACGAUAAGAGAACUAAAAAAUAAUAUAAAUACAUGAACAAGGCAUACAUACAGCACAUUCAUCAGUUUGCUGUGCUCCAUAAGCAUUGUGUGAACAUUUAUAAUAUUAAAUUACCAGCAACCGCGUUGUGUGAGAUUCAUUUCAUACCUACAAUGGGCCAUGAAGAGACUGUCGGAGGAGUUACGAGUGUCGAGAAAACGGCCACCUAUUAUGUGAUCGAGUAUAAAAGUGGUGCGCAAGCCAGGUUGUAUAUACUGAACAACCAUGUCUUUAGAUAUCACAUGGACCCUAACAAAAAAUUCCCUGAAUAUCCGGAACCACGCAAUCCUAACGAAGUUGCGAAAAUUAACUCUAAGAGAGUUAGCGACUACAACAAGGAACCAUUCGAUAAGUCGCAUGUGUCUGAAGACGAACAACAGUUCAAAAUCCAUGUACAUAAAAUCGACAUCGUAUUUAGUGCGGUCGAUGGUAAAAUGUCCGUAUUUGAUAAGAGAACCAACAAAAUGGUGCUGGUCGAAGCAAAAUCGCUAACUUACUCCAAUUCUAAAAGUAAACAAGUGCUUGAACAACAGAAGCACGAGCAUUUCUUUGGUGGUGGGAUGCAAAAUGGGAGGUUCACCCAUAAAGGCCAAAUUAUUCACAUAAAAAAUACGAACAACUGGGUGGACGGUGGUAUUACUUCUCCCUGUCCUUUUUAUUGGUCAUCAAAAGGUUACGGCAUACUAAGAAAUACCUGGCAGGAUGGUAAAUAUGACUUCGGAUCCCAAUAUCCUGAGAUCGUUAAAACUGCCCACGAAACGGAAGACUUUGAUGCAUUCUAUUUCAUUAAUCCCUUGCCGAAGGACUUGUUAAACGAUUAUUUUGAGCUCACGGGCCGACCUCUCUGCAUGCCAGAAUUUGCCUUUUACGAAGCACACUUAAAUACUUUCAAUCGCGAUUAUUGGGUGAAAGUUACUCCUGAUACAAAAGGAGCCAGACUAUUUGAAGAUGGAUUCUAUUACAAGAAAUACCAACCCAAGGAAAUUGGGGACAAAGAUGGAAUUUUAGAAUCAUUGAAUGGAGAAAAUAAUAAUUAUCAGUUUUCUGCUAGAGCUAUGGUAGACAGAUAUAAAAAUCAUGAUCUUCCUUUGGGCUGGUUUCUUCCCAACGAUGGCUAUGGUUCGGGAUAUGGGCAAACGGAUUCUUUGGACGGUGAUAUUCAAAACCUUAAAGAAUUUGGAGACUAUGCAAGGGAGCACGGAGUAGAAAUAGCUUUAUGGACUGAGUCUCAAUUAGAACCGGAAGAUCCAUUAAACCCUAAGAAAGGAGAACGCGAUUUGAAGAAAGAAAUUAGCAAAGCCGGAGUAGUAGCACUGAAAUGUGACGUAGCCUGGAUUGGAGAGGGCUACUCCUUUGGUUUAAAUGCAGUGGAAACUGCUUAUAAUAUGUUUACGAAGACAACAAAGCAUAGACCCAUGAUAAUAAUGGUUGAUGGCUGGGCUGGAACUCAAAGAUAUUCUGGCAUUUGGAGUGGAGACCAAGUCGGGGGAGAAUGGGAAUAUAUACGCUUUCAUAUUCCUACUUACGUUGGCUCUGGACUAUCGGGUGUGCCUUUGAUAGGCUCAGAUAUGGAUGGCAUUUACGGAGGCAAAAGCAGAGAAGUAAAUAUUAGAGAUUUCCAGUGGAAGACGUUCACGCCAUUGCAGCUGAAUAUGGAUGGAUGGGGAAAUCUCCAAAAAACUCCAUUUAGUUUUGAUGAUGAAGCUACCGCCAUCAACAGAGCUUAUUUGAAACUGAAAUCAAUGAUGAUGCCUUACAACUACACUAUUGGGCAUGAAUCAACACUCGGUUUGCCCAUGAUAAGAGCGAUGUUCUUGGAGUUUCCAGAAGAAAUACCAGCAUAUACGAACGAUUCCAAAUAUCAAUUUAUGUGGGGUCCGAGCAUCUUAGUUGCUCCAGUUUACAAACAAAAAGGAGUAAUGGAUGCUUCCGUCAGAGAUGGUGUUUAUUUGCCCGAUCCGGAUCAAGUGUGGAUUGAUUUCUUUACCGGGGAAAAAUAUCAAGGUGGCAAAAUUCUAAAUGACCUAAAAAUGCCGUUGUGGAAAAUUCCAGUUUUCAUCAGAGAAGGGUCUAUUAUCCCUAUGACGAAUCCUAAUAACAACCCCUACGAAAUAAAGAGGAACGAAAGGAUCUUCAACAUUUACCCGACUCUUGAAACGAGUUUCGAAUUAUACGAAGAUGACGGCUUCUCUAUUGGUUAUUUGGAUGGACAUUUUGCUACAACAAAGAUUGAAGUUAUUGGUGGCGCCUCCCAAGAAGUUGGAGACCUGUUCGUGUCUAUUCAGAAAACCAAUGGUUCUUACAAUAACAUAACGAAGGAAAGAAGUACUUUGAUACAGAUAAUAGCAUCAGAAGACGUAGAAGGCGUCAAGGUAGCAAUUAAUGGAGAUGCAGUGGACAUGUCUCGAGUUAUCACAGACGACGACUUUGCGAGCGGAGAAAAUAUGUUUUAUUACAAGACUGAUUUCGUUGUAAACCCAUACCUGCAAAAUGUUUGUGGUAUGGCUCAUAAUCAAAAAUUCUUGAAGAUUAAAAUCAAUAAAAUAGAUGUCACUACAAGCGACAUUCAGAUAAAAAUUAAAGGCUACACAAACAGAGGUAAAGUCUUUGGAAGUAACACGAAAGUGAUCGAAUCUUUAGACGCACCGUCAAAUUUGACCGCGCUCUCUAUGAAAACGAAUGUUGCUUUGAUUUGGCACGGAGUAGAUCAAGCUACUUAUUAUGAAAUUGACAGGAAUGGUGUAAUAUUUAGCAACAUUUCUGGACAGGCUUUUACAUUUGAAGAUUUAGAUUACGAAACUAAGUAUACAUUCAAAAUUCGUUCAGUGAAUGAAGCAGGAGUAUCUAACUGGAGUGAUAGUGUCACUACAGUUGAAAUUGAAGAUCCCUACAAAUCAGUUGUGCAAGGGGUAUUGGCCUCGUGCAGUGUGCCAUGCCAGCCUGGUCAAGCGAUUUGCAAACUGACCGAUGGCGACCCGAAAUCAAUAUGGCACACUCAUUGGAACUUACCAAGACAAGCAGAUCCUUCGAAAGGUAAUACGAUACAACUUAAUUUUGAUUUGGGUGAUGUCUAUGAAUUAGAAAAGAUGGAAUAUCAUCCACGUCCUGAUGCUGGAAAUGGAACUUUCCUGAAAAUAAAAUACCGAUAUUCCGUUGAUGGUGAAAAUUGGACUCCUUACUCUAACGAAAUUAUUUGGAACCAAGAUGACAAAGUUAAAAUAAUUUCACUCAGUGGACAAAAAAUGCAAUUUGUUGAAUGGCAGGUUUUGAAAUCUGUAUCUGGAUUUGGAGCAGGGAGACAAAUAUUGUUUUAUAGGAGUUCAACCUGUUCGGCUAUGGGUAUGAAAGCCAGUCCAAACAUUGUCAUUGGAGUAAAGGCGACAUGCAACCUGCCAACUGAACCAGGGCACUCCAUUCGGAAAUUAACUGACUGCAAUACGAGCUCGUUGCGCGUUUGGCAUACAAAAUGGGAUGACUCAGGCGUAGCAGACCCUAACACAGGAAAGUUUAUAACACUGAAUUUUGAUUUGGGUUACGUUUACGAGAUAGAAAAAAUGCAGUAUUAUCCUCGCUACGAUGCGGGUAAUGGCACGUUCCUUAAGGUUCAAUAUAAGAUAUCCAUGAACGGCAAAGAGUGGAGCGCGUGGUCUACUGAGAUUGUUUGGGAACAUAAUGAGAAUGUGAAAGAAGCCGACCUAGGAGGUGCCAAAUUCCGACACAUGGAACUUAGAGUAUUGAAUUCCGUUGGCAAAUACGGAUCAGGCAGACAAAUAUUAUUCCAUAAGAAAUCACCAUAAAUAUAACAACAAUUUCAGUCAACAAUUACAUCACAUUUUCAGUAUUUCAAUGCAGUAUUGCCUUUAUAAUGUAUGUAAACCGACCUCAAAAGUACGUAAAAUUACAUCUAUUUGCCAAGUUUUAUUGUCAUCGGUUACCGGAAAGUGCGCAAACCCGGAUUCAUCCCCUAGUUCGCCACUAUACGGAACUUGAUACAGAUGAUAAUAAAAUUCGGUUCUCACUAAUGAAAGUAUAUUGAGAGAAAAACGCCUUGAAUUGGAGAAUAGCAAAAUCAACCAUUAAAAUAAUUGCUCCUUAUUAUAAUUUAGGCACUAUUUAUAAAAAUGAAUCUUCAUGUGUGAACAGCCACCC